AUGAAGCCACUUCUGGCAAACGCGCAACGUGCUCAAACCAGUUCUAUUUCUCGGAGCAGUAAUAGUUAUUCGGAUGAAGCUCUUGAAAGCGGAAAUUCGGAAUUUAAAACUAUUUACAAGCGUUACAAGAAACGGAAUCCGCCUGCCAGUCUUAGUGAUGUUUUAUAUCCUCGAAUUGGAGGCGAUGCUUUCUGUAAUAUUCCAGUUUCAUUCGAAGGUCACUCAAGCUCAUCAUGGAUAAAGCAGCUGGGGUUGCGAUCGGUAGAUCAGUGGAAGUGCUUAAGUUUAGAAAAUCACGAGGGAUUGUAUAUUUUGACAGAUAUUAUUGAAGAAGAUCGUCAUCUUGAAUGGUUUAAACGAUGUUUGUAUGCUUAUCCUGAAGGUUCCGGAAAAACAAAUGUUCAUCUUCAUUUUCCUGACGCGCAUGAGAUUUUUAAUAAUUAUCGUGAUCGGCUGAGGUGGACUACAUUGGGGAUACAUUAUGACUGGGAUACAAAAUUAUACGCAGAAAAAGGUGAUCCGUUACCAGUGGAAUUAGUCUCGUUCGGUAGCUUGAUAUCUGAGGUGCUUGGGCUCGGUCCAUUUCAUCCAGAUGCAGCCAUUAUAAAUUUCUUUCCCCUUAAGGGAACUUUAGGACCACAUAUCGAUAGAUCAGAGAGGGAUCUUAAGAAUCCACUGAUAUCUCUAAGUCUCGGUCAGAGCGCUGUUUAUCUCACUGGUGGUACAGAUCUCAAUUCGCCUGUUGUUCCUUUGUACCUUCAGUCAGGUGAUGUUCUUAUCAUGCAUGGGGACCAGCGUUUAGUCUAUCAUGCAGUACCAAGCAUUCGAAUAACAAAGAAAUUUGAGCCAUCAAACCAGAUUUCGCGAGAGGUUCUUGAGUAUGCAAAUAAUCACAGAAUUAGUUUGACUUUGAGACAAGUGGACUCCUUUUAA